AUGAAGGGGGUUAGUGACUUUAUGGAAUUUGCAAAGAAAGGGACACAAAAUAGUUUCAUUAGAUGCCCUUGUUGCAAGUGUCAAAUUGAUAGAAAAAAAAUCUUACCACUAGAGGAGGUUGAAAGACACAUUUUGUUUAAAGGGUUUUAUAAAGAAUACAAGGAUUGGAUAUUUCUUGGACCUAUGACUGUUGCGGAGAAUGUGUGUAAUCAAAAAGGGAUUCCAUUUAUAGCUUCCAAUGAAUCAGAAAACUUAGGUCAAGAUGAUAUAUUGGGGUUACUUCGAGAUGCUUUUGGGUCAAAUAUUUUAGGUGACCAUGAGUUUGGUAGUGAACAUAAUGAUGAGGGGUUAGCUAAUGCGACAAUAGAGGAACCUAAAUUUCAAUGUGAAUCUAAUGAAUUUCCUACACAACAACCUGAUGUGAACUCUUCUUUUGAAGAAGUCAAAUUUAACAAACUUUAUGAAGCUUCCAAUGAACCUCUUUAUGAAGGUUGUACUUCCUUUUCAAAGCUAUCAUUCAUCUUGCACCUUUUUCACCUUAAGUGCUUGUUCAAGUGGCAGGAUAAAUCAUUCUCAAUGUUGAUUGAUUUUUUACUUGAUGCAUUUCCACAAAUAAAAAAUUUUCCUUCUUCAUACUACCAAGCCAAGAAAUUGAUCAUGGAUUUAGGUUUGGGAUAUGAAAAGAUCCAUGCGUGCCCUAAUGAUUGCACAUUAUAUUGGAGUGAGAAGACGGAGAAGGAUUCUUGCCCUAAAUGUUCUUGCUCAAGAUGGAAGAGUGAAACAUAUAAGGGUAAGGUUCCAGCAAAGGUGAUGAGAUAUUUUCCUUUGAUUCCUAGAUUACAAAGGAUGUAUAUGUUAUCUAAGAUAUCUAAGGAUAUGAGAUGGCAUGAUGAAUGUAGACAUGACGAUGGAGUUCUUAGACACCCGACUGAUGGACAAGCAUGGAAGGAAUUUAAUGUCCGAUAUCCAGGGUUUUCCAAUGAUGCUCGUAGUGUUAGACUUGGUCUUCCUAGUGAUUGGUUCAAUCCUUAUCGUCUAAUGAACACAACCUAUAGUACAUGGCCAAUAAUUUUAAUUUCUUAUAACUUACCUCCAUGGUUGUGUAUGACGUCAUCUUUAUUUAUUUUGUCGAUGCUCAUUCCUGGCGAAGGGCCAGGGAAUAAUAUUGACAUUUAUAUGCGUCCUUUGAUACAUGAGUUGAAAUUGUUGUGGAAAGGCGUCAAUGCUUUUGAUUCGUACAUUAAUGUGAAUUUCAAACUUCAAGCAGCUUUAAUGUGGACAAUUAACAACUUUCCAAGUUACGCCAUGUUAUCAGCAUGGAGUACUAAGGGUUAUAAUGCUUGUCCAGAGUGUAAUUACUCAACACCCUCCACUCGAGUCGGAAAUAAAAUAUGUUUCGUAGGACAUUGUAAAUGGUUACCUAGGGAUCAUCCUUUUAGAUUUCAAACUAGUUUGUUUGAUGGGAUUGAAGAACAUGGUAGUGCUCCUUUACCUAUGACUGGCUCUGACGUUUUAAGAGAGCAACAAACUUUAGAGCAUGAGUUUCAUCAUCGUGAAAUCAUGACCAUUCAAAGUAAAUCUACAAAGAUCGAUGCUGAAUAUUACGUUCAAAUAAAACAAGAGGCUAGUGCAAAACAAGCUCAUAAUACUAAUUUCGGACCUAUUCAACCCAAAAAGUCCAUUGCUACUCCAGCACAAGACACCGCUACUAGCUUGAUUUCAACUAAUACGCCAGAUACUGCUACUAGCUUGGUACCUACAGUUACCAAGAAAUAUGAUCCCAAAGCUUUACCUCUAGAUAAGAGGUUUAUCUCUCGAACCUUCAAGACCUCAACUAAUACUCUAGCACAAGAUCCUGCUACUAGCUUGGUACCUACAGUUACCAAGAAACAUGAUCCCAAAGCUUUGCCUCUUGAUAAGAGGUUUAUGUCUCGAACCUUCAAUACCUCAACUAAUACUCCAGCAUAA